CUCCGCCUCCGCCUCCUCCAACUCCGACAGCCACCGCCUAGACGCUCCCCUCUCUCCCUAUCCGGCAGACCGCGCACCGUCGGCGGACUCAUGGGUCGCACAGUCAAGAAGAAGUCCAAGUCCAAGAAGACCAAGGCGUCCAAGAAAACUGAGGCUUCAUCUUCUGCUAGCCCUGCGGCGGCUUCUGGUCCAGCAAAGGUAUGGCAACCAGGCGUAGAUGAACUAGAGGAGGGGGAGGAGCUCCAGUUUGAUCCCGAGGCUUACAACUAUCUCCGAGGUUUUAGUACUGGCUGGCCAUGCUUGAGCUUUGAUGUUGUGCGCGACCAACUUGGGCUUGUCCGAUCAGAGUUCCCACACACAUUAUAUGGCGUUGCCGGAACUCAGGCUGAAAAGGCUGCAUGGAAUUAUGUUGCCGUUUUCAAGCUUUCCAACAUCCAGGGGAAGAAGCGGGAACCCAUACCAUCUUCAAAACUUGAUGCUGACAGUGAUAUGGAUAGUGACAACAGCAGUGAUGAUGAUGAAGAAGAAGAGGAAAUCAAUGAAGAUAUAAAGCCCAUCCUACAGCUUAAAAAGGUGGCCCAUGCAGGUGUAAACCGAAUACGCUCAAUGACUCAACAACCACACAUAUGUGCUACAUGGGGAGACACAGGUCAUGUUCAGGUGUGGGACUUCAAACCCUUCCUUAAUUCACUAGCAGAUUCAGGACCUGUUGCACACAAAGAAGAGGACAUAAUCCAUAAUCAUGUACCUUUGAAAGUAUUUAGUGGCCAUAAAGAUGAAGGCUACGCGAUUGAUUGGAGUCCACAUGUUAUUGGGAGACUUGUUUCUGGUGAUUGUAACAAGUCCAUUCACCUCUGGGAGCCAUCUUCGAACACUUGGGAAGUAGAUACACAACCUUUUGUUGGACACUCAGCCAGCGUUGAGGAUCUGCAGUGGAGUCCCACAGAAGCCAACAUUUUUGCCUCUUGUUCAGUAGAUGGAAAAAUAUGUAUUUGGGAUAUCAGGACAGGGAAGCAGCCUGCUAUUUCUGUGAAGGCCCACAAUGCUGAUGUGAACGUUAUCUCCUGGAAUCGGCUUGCUAGCUGUAUGAUAGCUUCAGGAUGUGAUGAUGGCAGUUUCACAAUUCGUGAUCUUAGAUUAAUCAAGGCUGACUCAUUGGUAGCACAUUUUGAGUACCACAAGCACCCGAUUACAUCUGUGGAAUGGAGUCCACAUGAAGCAUCAACAUUGGCUGUAUCAUGUGCUGAUCAUCAACUCACAGUUUGGGAUCUUUCAUUGGAAAAAGAUGCAGAAGAGGAAGCUGAAUUCAGAGCUAAGAUGAAGGAGCAGGCAAAUGCUCCUGAAGAUUUGCCUCCACAACUUCUCUUUGUUCAUCAGGGCCAGAAAGAUUUGAAAGAAUUGCACUGGCACCCACAGAUACCUGGGAUGAUCCUGUCGACAGCAGCUGAUGGCUUCAACGUGCUGAUGCCUAGCAACAUAGAUACAACCAUAGCUGGGGCCGAGACACCUACUGUAGCGCUGCCUGGCUAAUCCAAGGUUUAUGAAAUCCAUGAACUGAAUAUGCAACUAGAGUGAUAUGGCAAGCAUCUGUUUUCAACAUUGUGUAUUCAAGAUAUUUUUAUCUCUUUUAUUGAAGCAACUAUCUCAGUUUUAUGUAAUAUUAUGGUCCUUAGUUUGAAGAUAAUCAGUAACUCUGGAUGAUACCCA